AUGCACCUCCUCCCGCUGCUGCUGCUCCUGGCCCUCGCCGCGGUCGCGGUCGCGGCCGGCGCGGCGGGCGGCGGCACGGACACGGACGCGGACGCGCUGCUCGCCGCGAAGGCGGCGCUCUCCGAUCCCACCGGCGCGCUCGCGUCCUGGGACGCCGCCUCCUCCGACCACUGCGCGUGGGCGGGGGUCACCUGCGCGCCCCGCGGCUCAGGCGGCGGGAGCGGGGGCGUCGUCGUCGGGCUCGACGUCUCCGGGCUCAACCUGUCCGGCGCGCUCCCGCCGGCGCUGUCGCGGCUCCGCGGCCUGCAGCGCCUCUCUGUCGCCGCCAACGGGUUCUACGGGCCCAUCCCGCCGUCGCUCGCGCGCCUGCAGCUCCUCGUCCACCUCAACCUCUCCAACAACGCCUUCAACGGCUCCUUCCCGCCCGCGCUCGCGCGGCUCCGCGCGCUCCGGGUGCUCGACCUCUACAACAACAACCUCACCAGCGCUACGCUGCCGCUCGAGGUCACGCACAUGCCCAUGCUCCGCCACCUGCACCUCGGCGGCAACUUCUUCUCUGGGGAGAUACCGCCGGAGUACGGCCGGUGGCCCAGGCUGCAGUACCUUGCGGUCUCCGGGAACGAGCUCUCCGGCAAGAUACCGCCCGAGCUGGGGAACCUCACCAGCCUCAGGGAGCUCUACAUUGGCUACUACAACAGUUACACCGGUGGUCUUCCGCCGGAGCUGGGGAACCUGACCGAGCUCGUCCGCCUCGACGUCGCCAACUGUGGGCUCUCCGGCGAAAUCCCGCCCGAGCUCGGGAGGCUGCAGAAUCUGGAUACGCUCUUCUUGCAGGUGAACGGCCUCACCGGCAGCAUACCGUCGGAGCUGGGCUACCUCAAGAGCCUCAGUUCUUUGGACCUGUCGAACAAUGCGCUCACCGGUGAGAUACCGGCGAGUUUCUCCGAGCUCAAGAACCUGACGCUGCUCAACCUGUUCCGGAACAAGCUGCGCGGCGACAUCCCCGACUUCGUCGGCGACCUGCCCAGCCUCGAGGUGCUGCAGCUGUGGGAGAACAACUUCACCGGCGGUGUGCCACGCAGCCUCGGCCGCAACGGCCGCCUCCAGCUGCUCGACCUCUCGUCGAACAAGCUCACCGGCACGCUGCCGCCGGAGCUCUGCGCGGGGGGCAAGCUGCAGACCCUCAUCGCGCUCGGCAACUUCUUGUUCGGUGCCAUCCCAGACUCACUCGGCCAGUGCAAGUCCUUGAGCCGUGUCCGUCUCGGGGAGAACUACCUGAAUGGCUCAAUUCCAAAGGGGCUAUUCGAAUUGCCGAAGCUGACUCAAGUUGAGUUGCAAGAUAACCUCCUCACUGGUAAUUUCCCGGCUGUGAUCGGUGCCGCGGCUCCUAACCUUGGCGAGAUCAGCCUGUCCAACAACCAGCUUACGGGAGCAUUGCCUGCAUCUCUUGGGAACUUCUCUGGUGUUCAGAAGCUGCUGCUUGAUCAGAACGCGUUCUCUGGUGCCAUACCUCCGGAGAUUGGGCGGCUGCAGCAGCUCUCCAAGGCUGACCUUAGCAGCAACAAGUUUGAGGGAGCUGUGCCACCGGAGAUUGGGAAAUGCCGGCUUCUCACUUACUUGGACAUGAGCCAAAACAACCUCUCUGGGAAGAUACCUCCGGCCAUCUCUGGAAUGCGAAUACUGAACUACCUCAACCUGUCCAGGAACCACCUUGAUGGAGAGAUACCUCCAUCCAUUGCAACGAUGCAGAGCUUGACGGCGGUCGACUUCUCGUAUAACAACUUGUCUGGGCUUGUGCCAAGGACUGGCCAGUUCAGCUACUUCAAUGCCACGUCUUUCGUUGGCAACCCAGGCCUGUGUGGACCAUACCUCGGUCCAUGCAGUGCAGGUAUCGCUGGCGCCGACCACACUGCCCAUGGCCAUGGUGGGCUGACCAAUACGGUCAAGCUGCUCAUUGUCCUCGGUUUGUUGAUUUGCUCCAUUGCAUUUGCUGCUGCGGCGAUUCUGAAGGCUCGGUCAUUGAAAAAAGCUAGUGAAGCGCGAAUGAUGACAGACUCAAGCAAAGAACAAGUGAUGAAGAUCCUGGACCCAAGGCUCUCAACUGUGCCGCUGCACGAGGUGAUGCAUGUCUUCUAUCUUGCAUUGCUCUGCACUGAGGAGCAAAGCGUGCAGCGCCCGACGAUGAGGGAGGUUGUGCAGAUCCUAAGUGAGUUACCAAAGCCAUCUACCAAGCAAGGAGAGGAGGUUCCAAAUUCCGGUGACGGCUCUGCAUCCAGUCCUCUACAUCCAGCACCAGUUGGGACCAAUGAAGCACCAACCGUUGAAGCAAGAGGUCAGCAGCAGCAGCAGCAGCAAACAAGCUCCCCGUCAUCGCCACCUCCAGAUCUCAUCAGCAUCUGA